AGUCCGAGCCAGCCUAACCAAGACUGUGGACGGAGGUGUUCAUUUCGUUUAUUCCUGUCCAGAGACAAGGAUGGCCGAGAGGUGGGUGUGCACUGGCACAUGCAAUCAACCUAAUAUCUCCGAAUGACACUUAAUCAAACCACCGGGAUCACACUGGCAAAUAUAACAUCGAGCGCGCAUCGAGUCUUUGUGUGAUAGCUUUUGCAAAGCCCGCCAGCCUCUCCCAUCGACAUACACACAAAUGCAGCUCUCCACCGUCUAUACAGUCCUCGGGCUGUUCGCGCUCAGCUCUGCCGCCGCUCUCCCCUUCGAAUCAAACGGGCCAUACGCCCUGGCAGUCGUCUCGCCAAACUUUGCCGAAAUCGACGGUGCCAUGCUCGCGCUCAACACGACGAAGAAGGUCGAAUCGACAGACAGCUGGGAUCACGGGCAGUGGCGGGAGAUUGGCAUCUUCCCCAACUCGACCUGCUACCGCUUCAACGUCAAGAAGUCCACCGCCACGGCGGCAGACAACGCGACGUACGGGCUCCAGAACGCUUACAAGGGAGGGCACGCUGGCAGCGCUACCGUCACGGGCGAUUUCGGCGCUCGGGCGACGCUGGUGGGCCCAAAGGGCGGCUGGGUGUUGAAGGAGGCGCCGGUCGAGGUCGAGCUGGAUAUGAUGCCGGGUGCCGCGGGCGUUGAGUACAAGUCGACGGAGUUUACGCUGAGCGCGGAGCCGCGGGUGCUUGGGUAUUAUGGGCUGGAGAAGGCGCAAUGGAUGGCUUUUCCGGUGGGACAGGAGGGCGCGUGGACCAUAGGACUGUAUGACCGAUCUCCGGAUCUCGUGACGGUGCAGAUCGGCCAGGUUGUGCAACUUCGCGUUGUGGAGCUCCAGCGUGGUGUGUAGACGUCUUGGUGUUUACAUGGGCGUGCGUGGUUCUGUUCUUGUAUAUACUUUGGCCUUCCCCUUCUUGUAUUCUUUUCUACUUCUUGGAGCCAGUUUUUGAUUGUCGAGCUUCUAUGUCGUUACCAAC